CGGAUGCGGUGGCGGUGGCCGUGGUGGAACAGGAUGUGGUGGUGGUAGAGGUGGAAUGAAAGGUGGAAGCAGAGUUGCGGUUGAGCCUCAUAGACAUGAGGGGGUGUUCAUUGCUAAGGGCAAAGAAGAUGCUCUUGUUACAAAGAGUAUGGUCCCUGGAGAGGCAGUCUACAAUGAGAAGAGAAUCUCUGUGCAGAAUGAUGAAGAUGGAAGUAAAGUGGAAUAUAGAGCGUGGAACCCCUUCCGAUCAAAGUUGGCAGCUCCCAUUCUUGGUGGGGUUGAUGAGAUAUGGAUUAAACCUGGUGCUCGAGUUCUCUAUCUGGGAGCUGCUUCUGGGACCACAGUAUCUCAUGUUUAAGAUGUUGUUGGCCCUACAGGAGUGGUGUAUGCGGUCGAGUUUUUCACAUCGCAGUGGAAGGGACUUAGUCAACAUGGUGAAGAAGAGAACAAAUGUUAUUCCUAUUAUCGAAGAUGCUAGACAUCCAGCCAAGUACCGUAUGUUGGUUGGAAUGGUGGAUGUAAUAUUUUCAGAUGUUGCUCAGCCAGAUCAGGCAAGAAUUUUGGGUCUAAAUGCAUCAUAUUUUCUCAAGGCUGGAGGUCACUUUGUCAUCUCAAUUGAGGCAAACUGUAUCGAUUCUACUGUUCCUGUCGAGAUAGUAUUUUCCCAGGAAGUGAAGAAGCUGCAGGCGGAGCAGUUCAAGCCUUUUGAGCAAGUUACUCUCGAGCCCUUUGAGCAAGACCAUGCUUGCGUUGUCGGUGGCUAUCGCAUGCCGAAGAAACAGAAAGCUGCCCCUGCAUCAUAAAAGGUCCCAGGUCGCCUUAGUUGUUGUUCAAUCUCCUAUCUUUUAGUCUCUCAGGAUGCACUUGAAUGCCAAUCUUGAUGUACGUCUUUAUUAGAUUGGAAGUUGGAACGCCAAUGUAUUCAAGGUUUUUGGUAGGCUCUUGAAAUAUUCUGAAAUGAGUUCAGAUUUUUUACCUUAAGGCCGGUAAUUCAGUUGAUAUUUUUCC